UUUCGUGUGUUAAGUUGUUUGUAGCGUUCUCUCUACCGUACUGAAGUGUUGUAGUAAAGCGUUGCGUCGGCGAAACGUUUGGUUGUUGUACUUUAGCCUAGCGAAUAUUCGUAGUUCGUCAUCCGAUAGAACAACGUUCGACGUAUGCCACUGGAACUAGAAAGCAGCAGGUCCCGGUAGACAGUGAAACACAUCGCGCUCGCGAGUGGGCAACUUCUGAAGUGGAAAAGUGUGUGGAAAACUUCUCCGUUUUGUGGGAAAAUCGCGUGUGGCUUUUUGCAGUUUGCGUGAUACAGGAUUUCUGCCCUGCCAGGCCCGAUAGCGAAGAAAACUGUGAAGGAAUGUGGCUUUGUGUCGUUCAAAAGCUGCAGGAAUAUUAGGUGUGUGUGAUUUGACUGCACACGUGAGUGCAGUUAAGUGGUUUUCCGUGAACGGAUUGGUCUAAUUUAGAAACACCUUCAAGUGUCUUGUGAUGGUUAGUUUUCAAAUGGAUCUUAUCGUGUAACACCCAGCCUAAUCAGUCGAGUAAGUGGCGGGGGUCAAACAGUUCUUUUUUUGAAGUAAGAGUUGGAAGUCGUUGCCUCGGAAGGGUACCAGCUCGUAAAAUGGACAUCAAAUCACUGUCGGACGUGCAGAAGCAGAUCUUUCAAAACCUGGUUGAGAAGCUGAUUGCACGUAACAAGUUUCCUCCCAGCGAGGCCGAGGAUGUCCAGAAACUGUUAGAGAAUGUGCGUGACGCCAAAAACUUCCACAAAAUCAUGGAAAAGCUGAAGGAGUGCGGCCAGCUGGACGUAGAUAUCGAGGAAAACUUUCGCGAAGAGAAUGGAUUUUUCCUCAAAGAUAGCGUGAAAAAGUUCGGACCCGGUGGGCAGACGCUUACCCCGCGGCACACCAUCGACGCAAUAUUAGGUUUGAAUAAUUGUGAAAAUGGAGGCGACAGCAGCGAUGCUACAGAUCUAAGCGCCUCGCCGGUCGGGCAGAUAAAAGUAUGUGACCAGCAGCAGAUGCUUGCUAAAACGGCUCCACUAUCGAACCAAUACCUGGGCAGCCCUUCGCCGGACAAAUUUCAGCAGCUGGCGAAUUACCAGAAUCACAUCAAAAACCUCGAUUUUGCUGCCUCGCUGGACCCAUCCGGGCUAGCUGGACACCAUCAGUCCCAUCAUCACCAGGGAGUUUUGCAUCCCGGACAUAACACGUUGCCUUCCCAUGCCGAACUGGAAUACAUGAAGUCGUUAAAGGAGAACAACAAGUACUUCAUCGAUCGUAACUACCGGGCGUCGCUGGCGGGAUAUGGCAACAGUAAGUAUGGCGGUGGUGGAGGAGGAGGACCUGGUAGCGAAGAUGGAAACAGCACCGUGAAUGAUUAUGAAGACGAACUCUCCUUUCCGACGACGGGUGCUCUGAAGCGCAAAUACUCGGACAACGAUGAUCACCUGCUGGACGGAGGAAGUGGAGGUGCGGGCAGUGGUCCCGAUAGCAACCCAGUCGAGGGCUCCAUUAGCAAAUACAGCAAACUGCAUGACUCAGCCGAUAAAUCAAUUAAGGCUAAUAGUUUCGAUUAUAUGAAAAAUUUUGAUGAUCUACGAGCACGACAAGCAGCGGCAUUCGAUGCCGAGCAGCAUCUGCAGCAGCAGCAGCAGCAGCUCCAACAUCAUCAACAACAACAGCAGCAACUUCACCAGCAGGCACUUCAUCAUCACCACCAACAGCAGCAGCAACAGCAUAGCAUUCAAUCGCAGCAUCCUCUCCAGCAACAGCAGCAGCAGCAGCCCCAGCCUUCCGCCCAUGGGCCCCAACUGUCCGCAGGCUCCUCAAUGCACGGUUCGGCCGUGUCCGAACACAGACCCGACGAUUAUAGGCUCGGGUCUGCCGCUGGACCCGGUGGUGGUACUGGUGGCGGAGGAGGUGGAGGAAACCCGGAGGGCCAGGACAAGCUAGGUGAAGACGGUGGUAUCAGCUAUGCUUCCAGCGAAGAGAUGAAUCAGACGACGCCCAGCGAGCAAGGCGAGAAGAUGGGUUCCGGAAGCGAUGAUGAAGGUGGCGAAGACGGUUGCUCGAAGAAAAAGCACCGACGGAACCGAACCACCUUCACCACCUACCAGCUGCACGAGCUGGAACGAGCCUUCGAAAAGUCGCACUACCCGGAUGUGUACUCGCGCGAAGAACUAGCGAUGAAGGUGAACCUGCCGGAAGUUCGCGUUCAGGUUUGGUUCCAGAAUCGACGUGCGAAAUGGCGCCGCCAGGAGAAGUCGGAAAGUUUGAGGUUAGGACUGUCGCAUUUCUCCCAGCUGCCGCAUCGAUUAUCCUGCAAUGGUGCCAAUCUGCCGAUGGAUCCGUGGUUGUCACCUCCUUUACUCUCGGCUUUACCAGGUUUUCUCUCCCACCCGCAAGGCGUCUAUCCCAGCUAUUUAACGCCCCCGCUAAGCCUGAAUCCGUCCAACCUGGGCAUGGCGAAUCACGGCCUUGGACACCCGAAUGGACCACAAAACCUCAGGAUAUCCCCGCAAGGGAUGCCCGGGAUGUCUUCGCCCAUGGGUGGCCCCAAUAUGCGCCUUUCCCCGCCCCAUCCUAACGGAGCCAUCGCUCCGCAGAACCUCUCGAUGGCCCCGCAGCAAUCGCUCACCCCCAGACAUUCUCCACUUGGUGGACACGGUGGACCCCUCGGUGGGCAACCUCCGCCACCACCGCAGCAUACCCCGCAGCUUGCUUCUGUAAAUAUACCCAUAACAUCAUCACCCCAAAAUCUUUCACUAACGCCACCUGGUUUAAGAUCGCCGCCAAGUUUAAAUAGCAAUACCUCCAACAACAAUAACAACAACAACAACAAUAUCGGCGCUGGCCACCCAAUUAGCCCAAACUCAUCCUCGUCGGCAUCGUCGCCUACUUCGUCGCAGGGGCUAAAAAUGGGGAAACUAGCCAACUUGGAUCAACCUUCGCAGGACAGUCCACUGGAUGGUAGCCUGCUGGGUCUGGGAAAAGAUGGCCUUCCGGGGGCCGCAGCGCUCAACAUGACUGUGAAUCAUUCGACCGACAUGAGGACCAACUCGAUCGCCACCCUGCGCAUCAAAGCCAAGGAGCACCUGGAAAACAUCAGCAAGGGCAUGACCACGAUGGUGUAAUUGCUGGCGCGUGAAUCAAACGAAAAUGGUGAAAAUGUUUCCUAUUUAUUAUGAUAGCUCUCGCACGUACACAACAAACACAAAUACACUGUUAGACAAGCCGGACAAGCGGAUACUGAUCUCCUGGAUUAUGCUUGAUCGCUGAUAAAAGUACUAAUUAGAUAAUCGAUAUUUAAUAAUGAAACUGAGCCCCUCUCAGUUAUGCUUAGAUUGUACAUAAAUCACCUAGAACUAAUUAGUAACGCCGAGGAAUGUGUAGUAUAGCUUGAUGAUGGCUCGUUUUUUUUAAGCUUCAAGUAUAGAGUUAACAGAAUGUAGAUACUGAAACCGAAACCAGCUAAACUGUAAUGAUAGGCCCAACUGAAAAUAAAACUGCGAUCGAUGUCCACUUUUUGGAGGAAAACCUUGGGCAUCGAUUCAUGUACAUAGUGAAAUAUGCAGCAAUAGCGUUUAGUAAACUGUAGCAAACGGUAGUAGGAUAAUUUUGAACAAAUGAUAGGUUCGAAUGACGGUGGAAGAUCUUUUUUUUUAUUGUACAAACAAGAUUGUGUAUCUCUAGCAAACGUUCACGCCUGCAAAAAA